AUGACUAUCCUCUUGGAGCAGCCUCCAGCUUUUGGAGUCGAACUGGAGGAGAAAAACAUCCCAGUCGAUCAUGAUGAUGAUCAGGAAAAUGAACUGGUGCUGGAGGGAGGAUUCGCUGUGCCUGACACCAACUCCUUUGGUCACACUUUUAGGGAUUAUGAUAUAGAGAGUGAGCGUCAGAGGAGCGUGGAGGAAUUUUACCGAACGAAUCACAUCAACCAGACUUAUGACUUCGUAGAAGGGAUGAGAGAGGAAUAUGGGAAAUUGAAGAGGGUGGAAAUGAGCAUAUGGGAAUGCUGUGAACUCCUUAAUGAAUUUAUAGAUGAGAGUGAUCCCGAUUUGGACGAACCUCAAAUUGAACAUUUAUUGCAAACUGCUGAAGCAAUUCGAAAAGAUUAUCCCAAUGAGGACUGGCUGCACUUGACUGGCCUUAUCCAUGAUCUUGGAAAGGUUCUUCUUCAUCCUACUUUUGGGGAGCUUCCUCAAUGGGCUGUUGUAGGUGACACAUUUCCUGUAGGGUGUGCCUUCGACGAGUCGAUUGUUCAUCAUAAGCACUUCAAGGAGAAUCCAGACUACAACAACACUGCGUACAAAUCUAAAUACGGAGUAUAUUCAGAAGGUUGCGGACUAGACAAAGUAUACAUGUCAUGGGGCCAUGACGACUACAUGUAUCUGGUAGCCAAGGAGAACAAGAGCACUUUGCCUUCUGCAGGUCUUUUCAUUAUUAGAUACCACUCUUUCUAUGCUUUACAUAGGGCAGAUGCAUAUAGACACUUGAUGAAUGAAGAAGAUGUUGAGAAUCUGAAAUGGCUCAAAAUAUUCAACAAGUAUGACCUUUACAGUAAAAGUAAGGUGCGGAUUGAUGUCGAGAGAGUGAAGCCAUACUAUCUCUCACUCAUUGAAAAGCUAUCAUUGGGAAAAGGAAAGGAGGCUGUGUUUGGUAGGCAAGGUGGAAAGUGCCUUACGUACAUAGCAAUGUCUCGAGCAUAG